AUGGAUCACGACAGAGAACAGUUGAUUGACAAUAAUGUAAAUGACCCAGAAGACUCGCUCGCUGGUCCGAGCCGUGGAGGUGACGAAGGUGAGUGGAACGUGAGGAUUUUAUCUCCCAGUUUUACGCGGGUGACGUCGUAUCAGCCGGCGGUUCAAUUCCACGGAUUAGAGGCGUUAUAUGAGUAGAAUCAAACGUUGUUCAGCGUAAUAUGAUGUUGUGUUACUUUAUGUUUGUUUGUGUUUUUGAUUGAACAGUUAGUUAUUGGAUUUAACAGUAUACUAUCGUAAAUUUACAAAAUAUAAGUAUUUUAUUCGGAUUUAAUUUUCCUAAAAGGAGUCGAGCUAGUGUUAAAGUUGGUUUAAAGGUCAUAUGGCAUGUUAAUAUUGGUUUAUAAGGGGAACAUGUUGUUUUUGUUGUUGUACAGUUAAAUAACGGAUGAGUAAGGGCUUUAAAGAGAUACAUAUUUACAUUUAAAGAGACUUAUGAAUAACAUAGGGCUAAAUAAACAACGUUUGAGAGUUUAAAGGAUUAAUGUUCAGGUAGUCAAUUGCAUAUUUUUGUUUGAAAAUGACUCAUAACUUUUGGUAGAGUAUAUAAAGAGGACGGUAACGAGGUUAUGAUUUACUUUUGUAUUUGUUGUAAAGUUUUAAGCGCUUUUAGCUAUGGCAGGAUUGGGCGCUGGGCAGGAUAGCGGGCUUUAAUGUGGAGGGGUUUUUUCAGAAAAUAUUUUUCUCAAGUUGUUAUUGUAAAAUAUUAUACGUUUGAUCACCCCUUCAUUCAAAAUUGUAUUUUUUUCAAAAUUUAACAUUUUCAUUUCUCAAUCGAUUUGAUUAGCAUAACAUUAUGUACAACAAGGUCGGAAAACACAAAGUUUGACUGUUGGAAAUCGUGACAUUUCACGAAAUUUAGUUGAUAAAGGCCAGUCAGGUCGUUGGUUUGAGCGGGAAUUGUGAAUUAUGAGGGCUUAUUUGUUUUAGCGGAGUUAAAAUCACUUUGCUUUAAUGAACUUUAGAGUCUAAGAUUACUUUUUCAAGGUUAAAUUACUGGUUUUGACACUUAAUAUGAAAGCUAACUGUUGUGAGAAUGAUGGCUUUUUUAGUUGUUGUUUUUUUAUCUAAAUUUGCUUUUUUUGCGACAAGAUUUAUAAUUUAAUAUGUUAUAGUAGAUUGGUUAAUUUAAAUAAGAUGCUUUAUUCAUGUGAUUAUGUUAAUUAUCUACAAAGCAACGUCAAAUGAUAUUCUAAUUGACAAUAUUUGCUUCCAAGAGCAUUUGGACUUUAUUUUAAUGAAUUUUCAAACUAUUUGAUAUAAAAUCUUAGACUUUUACAAUAAUGAGAUUUCAGAUCAGAUGCGUCCAGAUGUGAUACGAAGGGACAAUGACGAGGAAAAGAAGCCAGAAGUCGAAGAUGACACUAUCGAGUACAUGGUUGAUAUUCCAGAUGAUGUAGAGGAAGUGAGUGUCAAGUUUGGUCUCUUGAUUGGAUUUUUUUUAAAUUUUAAAAAGUCAUAGAAAUGGUGUAAUUUGCAAAAAAAAUAUUGUUUGUAAGGUUAAUGAUUUACUUUUCAAAUGUAUCAUAUUUUAGUCUGGAUUCAGUUUCACAAAACUGUGGGCGUUCACUGGGCCUGGCUUCUUGAUGAGUAUUGCCUAUUUGGACCCGGGAAACAUUGAGAGUGAUCUACAAUCAGGUGCUACUGCUCGUUAUCAGGUAACUUAUCCCACAAUGUUGUUUUAUAGGUACUGAUCUAUUUUUUGUUGCACUAUUAUUCUUUUAAAGUUAAAUUAAAUUGAAGGUAAGCAUGAAUUUUGUUUUUCAUAAAAAUGCAGUAAUUUAGACGUCAAUAACAUCAUAUUUUCAGCUAUUAUGGGUACUCUUAUUCGCCCAUAUUCUUGGCUUUGCUCUUCAAUUACUCUCAGCUCAAUUGGGUGUCGUAUCAGGCCGUCACAUGGCCGAGAUCAGUCGAGAAGUCUACCCAAAAGGCCCGAGGCUAUUUCUGUGGAUUAUGAUUGAAAUCGCGAUCAUCGGAAGUGAUAUGCAAGAAGUUAUUGGCACAGCAGUGGCUAUCUACAUGCUAUCAUACGGUAAAAUAAAACUGUUGUUCGGAGUUUUGAUAACAAUGGUCGAUACGAUCACGUUCCUGUUUAUCGACCACUUUGGAUUCAGAAAGCUGGAGGGAUUCUUUGCCUUCUUGAUAUCAGUUAUGGCUAUUACUUUUGGGUUUGAGGUGAGAUUUUUAAGAAUUUUUAAUGGUUUUGUUAAGUUUUUGAGGUUUUUUGUUAAAAUUUAUAUUAUACUUGAUGAUCAAUGCUGUUUUGGUCAAAAAAUUAACUUUUAAACGUUGUUCCAGUUCUUCACAGUCCAACCAGAUGCAGUAGAGUUAGCCAAAGGCAUGUUCAUCCCUUGGUGUUCAGGCUGUGGCCAAAAAGAAUUCUUACAAGGAAUCAGUGUAGUUGGAGCAGUUAUCAUGCCACAUAACUUAUAUCUACAUUCUGCCUUGGUAAAAAGUAGAAGAAUCGACAGGACCAAGAAGAAGUCGGUUGAAGAAGCUAGCUACUAUUAUUCGAUUGAGAGUGGGAUCGCCUUGUUCUGCAGCUUCAUCAUCAACAUGUUUGUAGUUGGAGUGUUUGCUCAUGGACUUUUCAACAAAACCAACAUGGAAGUGGUAAGAUUUGAUGUCAUUUAGUACAAAAUGUUAUAAUACAGUAGAUUAAUAUCACUGACUUUUAAAUUUUAUUUUUAAUCAACGUUGUUCAGCGUGAAUCCUGCAACAGUCGUGAUGUUCUUGACCCAGACCUCUUUCCCAUGAACAACAAGACUGUAGAAGCCGAUCUCUACAAAGGUGGCAUCUUCCUCGAAUGCACCUUCGGCAAACUAGCCUUAAUCGUGUGGGGAUUGGGUAUUUUAGCCUCAGGCCAGUCGUCAACUAUGACUGGCACUUAUGCUGGUCAGUUUGUGAUGGAAGGCUUCUUACACAUGAAUUGGCCACGAUGGAGACGAGUUAUGGUGACUCGAUUGAUAGCCAUCGUACCAACAUUAGUAGUCACGUUGUUUGCUGAUGGCGUGAGAAGUUUGACCGGAAUGAACGAUCUUCUGAACUGUAUUCAGAUGAUUCAGUUGCCGUUUGCUUUGUUACCUAUAAUCACGUUUACUGCCAACAGUAAUGUCAUGUUUGAGUUCAAGACUUCAAAGUGAGUGUUUUUUAGUUUGUACGGUUUUUGGUUUAGGUUUCUGGACCUGUUUGUCUUAUGAGUUGGCAGAAAAAGCAAUUUGAGCAUUUUUUGGCUAAAAAUUGUAAAAAAUGUUUUCGUGCUGGGACCUAAAUCUGGUUUAAAAAUUAAUUUCAGUGUAGUUAAAGGCACUAUAAGGAAGGCUUUAUAAAGUAUUGGUGUACUGUAAAAGCUUUUUUUUGAUCAACAAUGACUAUGUUGUUUUAGAUUAACACAAAUAGCAGCGCUGGCCGUGUCGAUAAUAGUAAUAGCAAUCAACUUGUUCUUCUCGGUCGAUACGAUAAAUGGAUUCUUUGGAGAAGGAUGGCUUACAUAUUUACUAAUGGCUGCUCCUGUAUUAAUAUACGUGUCUUUUGUGGUUUACUUAUUCUUCAUUUGUUUACAGGUUAUGGGGGUUACUGUACCUUCUUUCUUUAAUGUAAGUUUUUUGAAUUUUUAAACUUUGAGCAACUUCUUUUAAGAUUUUUUUAAUAUUCAGCAUUGAAUUUUGAAGCGUUUAAUAGCAAAAGAGUCUUAUAAAAUUAAAUUUUGAUAUUCUAUGAUAAUAUUAGGGUAAUUGGUAAUUGAGUUAUAAUGUUUUAUAUUAAUGUUAACGCUAUUGAAGCAUAAUACUUUUAGCUACGAUAUCUGAAAGCUCAAUUAGGACCAAUAUCAGUAAAACCUUUGUGGAAUCCGGGUGGAACAGCGUCAAGUUACGGUGCAAUAGCAGCUGAUCAUGCCUAG